AUGGCGCACUUCCACACGCUCAGGAUCCUGGUCUGUGUCGCUGCCGUCGCGCUGAGCAGCUCUCAAAACGUCACCCCCUCCUCCAGGGCCACCCCAGCGCCCCCUACAGGAGAACUACGAGACCUCACCCCCUCCUCCAGGGCCACCACAGCGGCCCCUACAGGAGAGCCAUGGAACAACACCUCUGUGGCUCCAAACACCACCUCCAUCCCUCCACCAACGACAGAAGACCCCCAUAAAGACGAACCAUGUGUUUUCUCGGUUCAGACGGUGGAUUUUGGAUUCAAGAUUGAGCUCAUAAACUUCACUGCUGGGCACUUCAUUGCGACGAUAUCUGAAACAAACCAAACCCGACUGAACCACUCCUUCUCCGGCCCCAGUGGAAACAUCUUGGGACUGAAGCCUUGUUCUCAAUAUGAGGUCCGCGUCCAGAGGAAGAACGGAACGGUCUGCUCCAGCUACAACAACUCCACUGUCGCCAUGGAAACCACCACCAACAUCAAACCAGGACACAUCAGUCUGGAUCCUGUCUCCGUGGGAAAGAUCUCGCUCGUGUCUCAGUGGGACCUGGACUGUGCUGAUGUGGAGCCCAGUGCUGCCCCCUGUGGAGAGAGCGGGAAGUGCUGCUGGAACAUCACCUCUGACCAGCUCUGCUCCGACGUCAACGUUAGCAUCACCAGAGCCACAUGUCCCUUCAGAGACACCGUACGACUGGACGCUGGGCGGUUCUGGUACGCUGUCCACGAGCACAGGUACGCUGUCCACGAGCACAGGUACGCUGUCCACGAGCACAGGUACGCUGUCCACAAGCACAGGUACGCUGUCCACAAGCACAGGUACGCUAUCCAUGUGCACAGGUACGCUGUCCACGAGCAUAGGUACGCUGUCCACGAGCACAGGUACGCUAUCCAUGUGCAUAGGUACGCUAUCCACGAGCACAGGUACGCUGUCCACGAGCACAGGUACGCUGUCCACAAGCACAGGUACGCUAUCCAUGAGCACAGGUACGCUGUCCACGAGCACAGGUACGCUGUCCACGAGCACAGGUACGCUGUCCACAAGCACAGGUACGCUAUCCAUGUGCACAGGUACGCUGUCCACAAGCACAGGUACGCUAUCCAUGUGCACAGGUACGCUGUCCACGAGCAUAGGUACGCUGUCCACGAGCACAGGUACGCUGUCCACGAGCACAGGUACGCUGUCCACAAGCACAGGUACGCUAUCCAUGUGCACAGGUACGCUGUCCACGAGCACAGGUACGCUGUCCACGAGCACAGGUACGCUGUCCACGAGCACAGGUACGCUGUCCACGAGCACAGGUACGCUGUCCACAAGCACAGGUACGCUAUCCAUGAGCACAGGUACGCUGUCCACGAGCAUAGGUACGCUAUCCACGAGCACAGGUACGCUAUCCACGAGCACAGGUACGCUGUCCAUGAGCACAGGUACGCUAUCCACGAGCACAGGUACGCUGUCCACAAGCACAGGUACGCUAUCCAUAAGCACAGGUACGCUGUCCACGAGCAUAGGUACGCUAUCCACGAGCACAGGUACGCUGUCCACGAGCACAGGUACGCUAUCCACGAGCACAGGUACGCUGUCCAUGAGCACAGGUACGCUAUCCACGAGCACAGGUACGCUGUCCACGAGCAUAGGUACGCUAUCCACGAGCACAGGUACGCUGUCCACGAGCAUAGGUACGCUGUCCACGAGCACAGGUACGCUAUCCAGAGAGGCCAGUCCCUGUGCUCCUCAGAGGCCCAGCAGGAGGCCAGACCAGGUGGAGGCAGCGGCCCUCGGGGUUUGUCUGAACUGGAGCCGUUUGAAAAGUACAAGUGCAUCGGAAAAACAUCACUGAAGAAUGGAACCAGGAUCAGCGAUACCAGAGCAGUGGAAGUGAACACCAGCUGUGAUCUGAGUCUGGAUAUAACCGCGUCUCCGAACGAGGGGUCGAUCGGUCUUCGGUGGGAGACGACGACGAAGAACUGCAACAAGACCCUGCUCCAGGACAGACUCACACACACAUGCGGCUGCGUUUCCACAGGUCCAUAUUCAUCACGUUCAUCACGUUCAUCAGGACCGAUGCCUUUGGGAGAAAACAGCUGCACAGUGAGAGACCUGGAAGCCUACACUGACUACAUCUGUGAGGUCAUAACCAUGUAUAACCGAUCAGUGAAACACAGGGAGACUGAGAGAGUCAAGACCAGCCACGGAAUUCCAGACCGAGUCGGGAAACUGACUCUGGAAGUUUUCGAGAACAACGGCUUCACCGUGAAGUGUCCGACGAUGAAUCAGAAACAAAUGAGAGGUCGCAUAAUCCUGUACAAAUCUGAGCUCAAACUGAACAAUCAGGAAGUGCAGUCCAAGACCAACAACUCCUGUUACUUUGAAUACAGAGACCUGCAGUACUCCACCACCUACAGAGUGGAGGUCAGAGCUCAUAAUGGUUUCGUAUCAGGAGAGCCCAGUUCCAAGGCCGUGGACACCAGGUUCAACGACAAAGCCCUGAUCGGUUUCCUGGUUUUUCUCAUCCUGGUCACGUCUGUGGCUCUGCUGGUCGUUCUUUACAAGAUCUAUGUUCUGAGGCGCAGGAAGUCACUAAAUGUAUCCGACGGUUACCCGCUCAUCACACAAGAAGAGGAACGUCUGUUGCCCGUGGAGCCGAUCGAGGCUGACGAGCUGCUGGACACCUACAAGAAGAAGCUAGCUGACGAAGCACGGCUCUUCCUCGCCGAGUUUCAGAGCAUCCCCAGAGUCUUCUCAAAGUUCACGAUGAAAGAAGCAAAGAAAAACUGUAACGCGAUCAAGAACCGCUACGUGGACAUUCUGCCGUAUGACUACAACCGUGUGCAGCUGAGCACAGGGAACGGGGAGACGGGCUGCGACUACAUCAACGCCAGCUUCAUCGACGGAUACAGGGAGGCCAAGAAGUACAUCGCUGCUCAAGGACCAAAGGAGGAGACCAUCACUGACUUCUGGAGGAUGGUGUGGGAGCAGAAGUCGUCUGUCAUCGUCAUGGUAACACGCUGCGAGGAGGGGAACCGGGUUAAAUGUGCAGAGUAUUGGCCCAGUCUGGAUCGAGAAGCUGAGAUCUUUGAGGAGUUUGUGGUGAAGCUGAAUUCUGAAGACCAGUGUCCGGACUACACCAUCCGCCGCCUCAGCCUGACCAACAAGAGAGAGAAGAACAGCGAGCGCGAGGUGACGCACAUCCAGUUCUUGAGCUGGCCCGACCACGGCGUUCCCGGAGAACCACACCUGCUUCUCAAGCUGCGGCGCCGCGUCAACUCCUUCAAGAACCUGUUCAGCGGCCCCAUCGUCGUGCACUGCAGUGCUGGAGUGGGCAGGACGGGCUCGUACAUUGGGAUCGAUGCCCUGAUGGAGGGUCUGGAGGCCGAGAGGAGACUGGACAUUUACGGUUACGUGGUGCAGCUGCGCAGACAGAGAUGCCUCAUGGUCCAGGUGGAGGCGCAGUACAUCCUGAUCCAUCAGGCGCUGCUGGAGCAUAACCAGUUUGGAGAAACGGAGCUGGAGCUGGAGGAGCUCCACAGCAGCCUCAGCACCAUGAGGGAGCAGAGCGAGGACAGCAGCCUCAUGGUGGAGGAGUUCCAGAGAAUGCCGACGUAUAAGAACUGGAGAACGUCCAACACCGGGCUCAUGGAGGAGAACCAAAAGAAGAACCGGACCCCCACCGUCCUCCCCUAUGACUAUAAUCGGGUUCUGGUGCAAUUGGAGGAGGAGCGGAGCCAUGACAGUGAGGAAGAGGAGGAGGAUUCUUCUGAUGAUGAAGAGGAGUCGUCCAAGUACAUCAACGCCUCCCACAUCAGCGGAUACUGGGGCUCGCGCUGCUUCAUCGCGGCUCAGACUCCGCUCUCCAACACGGCACAAGACUUCUGGCUCAUGGUUCACCAGAAGAAAGUCUCCACCAUCAUCAUGCUCUCAACCAGCAAACAGGACCAGGGCUGUGUGUACUGGACCAAUGAGAAGAGCCUGUUUGGAGACGUGGAGGUGGAGGUGACGGCAACAGACACUAGUCCAGCGUUCGUCAGCCGCACCAUGAACGUCCGCCACGUCAAGAGGAAAGAGCAUCGAUCCGUCAGACAUUUUGAGUUUGUGCGGUGGGGGGAGGGGGGCGUCCCGGAGAACCCCCAGGAGUUGCUCCAGAUGCUACGGGAAGUGCGGACCAAAUGUGGACCGAGUCAAGUCCUGAGAAGUACCCCUGCUGUGGUCCACUGCGAUGACGGCUCGAGCCGCUGUGGCCUGGUGGUGGCGCUGUGGAGCCUGUUGGACAGUGCAGACACAGAGAAACUGCUGGACGUGUUUCAGACGGUGAAGACUCUGAGGAAGGAGAGAGAGGCCAUGGUCCAGGACCUGGCCCAGUACCAGUUCCUGUACGACUCACUGGAGGCUGUUUUCCCAGCGCAGAACGGAGACGUCAAGACCAACUCUGCUCCUGCCCCUGCAGCUCCUGCUGCUGCUGCUCCUGCUGUUGCUCCUCCUGCUCCUCCAUCUAACUCUGUGGAGAUCAUAGAUGAAACCACGGCCUUGAAGCCUGAAGAGAACAGCUCCAGCUCAGACCAGAAGGGGGAGCCAGAGAGCAGCAACCAGCAGGGGAAGCCAGAGAGCAGCAACCAGCAGGGGAAGCCAGAGAGCAGCGGCCAGCAGGGGGAGCCAGAGAGCACGUCCCCGUUAGUCUCUAUGGAAGAGCAGACCCUCAUCAGACCCCUUGAAAGAGUGAGACAGGCUCCUUCUCUGAGCGUGAGACAGGCUCCUUCUCUGAACGUGAGACAGGCCCCUUCUCUGAGAGUGAGACAGGCUCCUUCUCUGAGAGUGAGACAGGCUCCUUCUCUGAGCGUGAGACAGGCUCCUUCUCUGAGCGUGAGACAGGCUCCUUCUCUGAGCGUGAGACAGGCUCCUUCUCUGAACGUGAGACAGGCCCCUUCUCUGAGAGUGAGACAGGCUCCUUCUCUGAGAGUGAGACAGGCUCCUUCUCUGAGCGUGAGACAGGCUCCUUCUCUGAGCGUGAGACAGGCUCCUUCUCUGAGCGUGAGACAGGCUCCUUCUCUGAGCGUGAGACAGGCUCCUUCUCUGAGCGUGAGACAGGCCCCUUCUCUGAGCGCUCCUUCUCUGAGCGUGAGACAGGCUCCUUCUCUGAGAGUGAGACAGGCUCCUUCUCUGAGCGUGAGACAGGCUCCUUCUCUGAGCGUGAGACAGGCUCCUUCUCUGAGCGUGAGACAGGCUCCUUCUCUGAGCGUGAGACAGGCUCCUUCUCUGAGAGUGAGACAGGCUCCUUCUCUGAGAGUGAGACAGGCUCCUUCUCUGAGCGUGAGACAGGCUCCUUCUCUGAGCGUGAGACAGGCUCCUUCUCUGAGCGUGAGACAGGCUCCUUCUCUGAGAGUGAGACAGGCUCCUUCUCUGAGCGUGAGACAGGCUCCUUCUCUGAGUGUGAGACAGGCUCCUUCUCUGAGCGUGAGACAGGCUCCUUUUCUGAACGUGAGACAGGCUCCUUCUCUGUUCAAGUUAUUUAUGUAA